AUGGCGAGAAUUAAGAGCAGGGGAGCCCCGCCCGGCGCACCGUCAGCGGGGGGCGCGCCCGUGCCGGCGCCCGGCCUGGGCCGCUGCGGGAUGGCGCUGCUUCUGGCCGCGGCGCUGCUGACCGGCGUGUUCGCGCAGCUGCAGGGGCGCGGCCGCGACUUCGGCGACCUGCUCGUCUACUCGGGCUUCCUCACUCUGGGCUGGGUCCUCUGGUACACCGGCAACAUCGCGAUCUCGCGCCGGGAGCUCGAGGGCGACUACGGCCUGCGGCCCUCGGCUCACGCCCGCCUCGCGGGAAAGCUCUCCCGCCGCUGGUCGGCGCCGGCUUCCUCCUCCGUCGGCCGGCGCGGCGCGCCUGGCUCCCGGGGAUCGGGCCGAGCCGCCCUCCGCCGGCUCCCGCCGCGCGCGCCUGCACCCCGCCCCGGCCUGGGGCGGCGGGAGCACAUGGCCCCACCUGUCAGGGCCCGACUGGCGGAGGUGUGCAGCUGUCCCCAGCUUCAUCUGGCCGGAUGCCUACCUGCCCUCCCUCUAGCCCCUGGAUAAACAACUCAGCCUCACAGGGGAAAAAAAAAAAAGAAAGAAA